AUGCGCAUCAAUCCGUACUGGAAGAGGUUUCUGAGUGCGACCGCGAGUCUGCCGCGAGCUGCUCCAGCAUGGCCAUGUAUGCAAUUUUUCUGGAUGUUAAAUUUUUAGCGUUAGCUGGAUGGAAUGUGUCUGUUCAUUACUCUUUUUGAAAUAAGGACUACUGAAGAAAAAUUUUUGACAUAAAAGUUGAAAAAAUAGCGGGUGCGUGACACUUACGUCAGUGAAAUUGGAAAAAUACAGUAAACGUUAGUUUCUUUUUUCUAAACUGUAACUAAGUCGUGAAAAUUUAUGAUUUUCGUAGUAGGUUUUAUCUCAAGUUUUAUAUAGUCUGUUCAGUUUUUGAAUGUCAAAUAAAAUGACGUCAUUCGAGAACGCUCUGUGAAUGGCUCGCUCUCUGAUUGGUUUAUCGCGCCAUUAGGGGCGGAGCUUGAGCGACGACUUGACAUUUAAAAUCUGAACAAACUAUACAGACUUCUCAGACGCCUUUUCAGGACUUCUCAAGAGAAACAACUGAGCAGCUUCCGACCGUACUCCAACCCGACGUUGCCGGUGAUGGACCUCUACGUUCAGGUGAGUUGAAGGCCAUCGAGCAUUGACCGUGGGGCGCAGGAGAUGCUGAUGUCGUCGCCGGAUCAUCUCUUUUCCAUGGGAGUCGUACCGCCACAAAUGGUCUCGACGAGUUGGGAACAAUGGUUGUGCUUUCUCGCCUCCAAUUUAACGGCACAACAAUGGCAGGUAGUGAUAUUUGAAGCCGAUGGUAACAGUAAAUUAAAAUUGAGAAAAAAAAAAUCCUUAGUAAGGCAAUUUUUUAAAUCCUUACGCGUAAGUUCUUAUUAAAUCCUAAUUAAAAUUGCUAAGGAAAGUUUUUUCGCAAUUUUAAACCAAUUAUAAAUAAACGAAAAGUAGUAAUUUCUUGUAAUUUUGGAUCGAUAAAACAUUGAAAAAAAAAAUCUAAAAAAAUGAAAAGGAAAAUUUAAUAUUUUAUGUGCUCUGCAAAGGUACCUUAAGUGACCCCUAAGCUUUGCGUAAUUCCACAACAAAUUAAAAAAAUUUUUGCGCCAAAGAUAAGGCUGCACGUUUUAAUAACUCUUCGCCGCUUUUUCUAUACCUAGUUCAAAUUGAUUCCGCGAGUUUUAAAUUAGACUUCGGAGAUUGGAAAUCAUAAUAAUAUUUUUUGAGUCUGAGAUAAUUGUGAACUUCGCGGAAAUUAUCACAAAAAAAAGAGUAAAAAGAAAAAUUUUCAUAUAUAUCCUCGGACAUUGAUAACGGGAAACGGACGUUUCUGGGCGUUUCUAGUGAUUACUUCAGUGAUGUCAAUACUCUUAAGUGAUCCCUAGAAUAGCACAGAAACGUCCAGAGCACGUCCGUUUUGCGUUACGAAUGUCCGAGUCAGUAAACAAUUUCCUAAUUUAUUAAUAAUUUUUAAUCGUUUACUAUCUUUCGUAACCUUUCAAAACUGUAUGUAUCCAUUUUUUUUUUUCUGUGAGUAAAUGUGUUUUUUCAAUAUUUCUUAGUUCUUGUUCAUACGGUUAAAACACGAUAAAUCAUAAUAAAGCAUAUGCGUGAAAAUUUAUCAAUCCUGAAUGGUUUUUAAAUUUCCUAAAUUGUCCACUUCAAUGUCGAACAACGCUUCCCUAAAUUUUUAUGUUUGCUUCUCCAUUCCAGCAAUGUUUACAAAAGUAACUUGCAAUGAAAAAUCUGAUAGAGAGUAUUUAUCAGCAAACCCAUUAUUAUGGGAUAACAGGAAAGUUGGUUCAUUUUUGAUUUUCUAUGGGAAUCUUGUCCUUUAGAAAUGAGAUUUACGUAAUUUUUUGAUAGAAAAAAGCUUUCAGGGCUACUGGCUUGCCCACUGUGCAUUGUUCGGCGAGCAGACCGUUCCCGUCCACCUUCUUUCCUUCUUCAGUCGCGUCGCUCCGGUCGAAUGCGAGAAGCAGCUCAGAUAUGGUGCGCUCUUUUCGGAUUUUUUUAUUUUUGUGACCGUAAAAUGGGAUGAAAAUACCUGUUACAAGUUUUCAAGUCGAAUAGGUCAUAGUGAUUCGGGUGAAGUAAGUCAUAAGUCACGUGCCGCAUCGCCUUGGGAAGACCUCUAUUUCUGGAACAGCUACCAGACUUUUUUUUUUGAAUCGAGAGCUGAAGUUGACGCCGCCGUGUCCGCCGCAGCCUAGCAACCUCCUCGUUACUUUCAUCCAUUCCACUCAAUUGUUCGAAAAGAUGCCUUUCACGCCUUUUUAAGCAUCUUUUCCAUUUUCUCGCUUCAUUUGUCCACUUUUUUUCGAGUGAUUUUUCUCUCCUCUUUUUUUCAGUUCAUUCUAAGAGGAUGUUGUGUGAAUCCGAAAAAAAAGACGUCAUUUUUCGGAUAUGUUCUGGAUGAUUCGCUGAAGUUUCUCGUCGUGCCGUAGAUGACGUUUAAGGCUUGAUUUGCAGCGAAACGGAAACGGAAGGGAAAAAAUUUGGAGGGGCGAAUUCCACCGUGAAGAAAGAACCACGAGGUGUGGAGAUAAAACAACAGCUGUUGGUUGUCGGCGGAGGAGCCUAAGACGACGCGGCGAGCACACAUUCGCCAGGUACCUGCGGAUCGGCGACGCACCGGCGACGGAUGGGCAACGCAGCCAGCGGAGGGACUUCGAGGCGAGAGGUCCACGUCGCUGCCCAAGCUACCGUCUUCACAAACGGACGCGUCGCUGCCGCGGAGACCAGUCAGUCGCUCUUUUUAUUCCCGACAACUGUUAUUGCUGGCUCGCAAUCUUAUGCUUGCUCUUGUUUUUGCCGCAGUUCUUCUUUGAAAUCGAUAUGAGGUUUUUUCUUUGCUCCCACCACGUUGAUUGGUGAUCAACCAGAGAAUGAUGGACCAAUCGGCCCACAACGAGUCACAAAAUCUUUUUCUCUUAUUUCGAAAUUUACACCACAUAGUAUAGGUAGAUAACUCAUUUACUCCUACGCUAUAAAAAUUUUGAGCGAAAAAGUUAGAAAAAUGGCAAAUUUUCUACGGCGUUGCGGCACUAUGGCCAGCGUAACCACGCACGGCUCUGGUCGAAAAAAGGUCUUGAAUAAGACUUUGCAAAGAUUUUGAUUUUUUUUUUUUGGUUUAAAGUUAGGUCAUUGUAACAGUACAACAGUUAUUUCCAUGACUUCUUAACUGCCUUUUUAAGGAAAAAUAAUUUUAAAAUACGUACCUGCGCCUUUCAAAUUUUCUAAAGAAGCACGCAUAAUGAAAAAAAGCGUUCAAAAACUAACAAUUUUUUUAGUCAUAAAUAUCUUUCUGUUAAAUAAAGGCAGUGAAUAAACGAUUAUCAUUAAAAUUCAGGGAGCUUGUAAAAAUUGUGAGGUCUCGAAAUCAAUUUCAAACUCUUUUUCUAAAAUUUUGUAUGAUCAACUUCUUUUUUUUUUGUUUUUCUUGUUAAAACUUCAUACCUUUCGGUGAUUAGUGAUUAUAUUUUUGAUUAUUUUCCAGCCAUCGAAACUGUUUCAGAACGUCGUCGACUCUCUUGAUAAAUUCGUCAAUGAUUUGCAAUCUUUUACGUGAAUUUAAAGGCGUAAUUUCUUUUGGGAACACCUGCUUUCUUGUGUGAACCAGAUGUUUCUUCGUCCCGCGCUGGGCCCAGACGUUGAUUCCUAUUGCGAAGCCAUUCGAUUGUUUAAAAGCAUCAUCAAAAGCGAAACUGGAAAUCUGUUUAUAAAUUGACAAUCUGGCAUCGGCUGGAAUUAAUGUAAAACUUGAACGGAGUUCAGAACUCUAUAUUUAAACUACAUAUCUCACCGUCUCUUUUUUUAUAACUUGGACAGUUUGCGGUGAUUUUUUUUUGGUUUUUGAUCUUAUCGGUUAUUCACAAGGGUCACAUGUGUGUGGAGCGUGAACGUCGUAAAAUAUGUAAACUCAAAAGAAGUGAAGGAAGCAUUAAUAAUGACAAGAAAGUAGUCAGAAAAAGGAAAUUCGCUGCGUCGCCCUUGAAACCAUCAUAUCGGGCCGAUCUACGUCUUCUGCUUCUAUUUUUAGCAAAACGUUUGUUGACCUCGCGCGAAUUCUGCCCAACUUUUCUCCUGCAAGUGCGCUUAUAUCUCUUCUGUGAUUGAUUGUCACUUCAAUUAUAGCCAAUUUUUCUUUCAUUUCAUCAUCGUUUCUUUCCGAGUUCCUUGUUUUCUGUUUUACAGGAUCACCAGACUUGUUGUUAAACCUACCAUGUAAAGUGCUUCAUUGGACCUUUUUUCCUCGCAUUUCCAUUCUUUCUGUUAAGCUAUUAAUGGCGCUUGCAGAAUACUAAAAUAGAAAAGGAUAAUCCUAGAUUAAGAGGACAAUGCGCGAAAAGUUUCAAAAGAAAUCGUAGUUUUCAAUAGUUCCUUUUUUCUCCUUUGCUCGAAUCUGAAAGAUGCUGCAUUUUCAAAGUUCGUCUAGUUUUAGUUUUGCUCUACGUCGGCUAUUGAUUACCAAUUUUGUUCUGAUCUCCGAUAUAUCUGUCUUUGUUUUUUCUUUUCUUCAUGUGGCUAUCUAACUAAAGAACUAAAUCCUUCAAUAAGAUUUGAAUUUGAUACUUCAUUUCAAAAAAAAAAUAUCUUUCGAUCCCUUACCAAUGUUUGGAAUGAUAUCGCAUCGACAGUUGUCGAGAGAAAAAAACUCAACGAAAUUCCAAAACUGAAAAUAGCCUUGUCUACAGGAAAAAUGUUGGAAAGGACUAUGUUUUGCAUAAUCCUUGUCAUUUUCGGGAGGAGUUCUUCAAAUUCCUCUAUAAAACAACAUGCAUUUGACGGAAGGCCGGGAAUUAAAAAAAAAGUGAAAACACUCGAGAAAACUCGUUUGAUUUCGCGCCUGUGGGGGAUGCAUUGAGUGUUUCUUUCCUCUCUUCGUUAUUAUUCAGAGCAUUGUCAUUGUCCGGCACGAACACGUUUUUUUUCCAUAGAAAGAUGAAGCUGAAUGUUUUCAAUGACCGAACUGCGCUUAUGGAUAGCAAGAACUUUCCCUUUUUCACUUUUUAUUUUCAUUUUGAGAUUAAGAAAAAGGCAUAAGAUGCCGAUUAGUUCAUUUUCUUUUUUCUGAGACUCCUAUCUAGAAGAAGAAGGUUUCUUGGUAGUGGUAGCCACGCCAAAAGAUCAUUCAAAAAUCCUCGGAGCCCAACUGCAGACGCGACACCAAAGCGACGUGAGUUCGAGCGAAAAAAACGCAAGUCGACUGGGUAUUUCGAGAGCCGAAGUGGUGCAUCUUGCCGCAAGGGUGAUCAAAUCUGAAGCCGAGGCUCGUCCUCGAGGUUCGGCAAGAAAGAAAAGAGCGCCCUGGGCGACUUGGGGGGAAAGCGGCCGACGAAAAUCGAUGUGCCACUCGGCUGGCUCGUUUUCGGCAGCAGAAGCUCGGCACAGCCUCGGCCAGAGAAAACUUGUACACGUCUGCGGGUCUGGCGGCUCUUUUUUGCUGUUUACGCCGCCGCCCCGUGCAAACUAUUUGAUCCCAGCUCUCCACUACAAUUAG